AUGCGCACGGUCAUCGGCUCGCCCAUCUCGACCCCCGUGCACCACAACCACAUGAGUGGCCAUGGCACUGCGAACGCCGCGCUCGCUGGGCUGCACCCGUCGUCCAUCCCGUCCACCCCAGAGUCGUCCCGCGGCCUCGUCAAGAUUGGCCAGUACGUCCUCGGCGCCACCCUCGGCGUCGGCUCCUUUGGCAAAGUCAAGCGUGCAAGACACGAAUUCACAGGACACGAGGUCGCAGUGAAAAUCCUCAACCGCAACAAGAUCAAGUCGCUGGACAUGGUGAGCAAAAUUCGCCGCGAAAUCCAGUACCUCAAGCUCUUCCGCCACCCGCACAUCAUCAAGCUGUACGAGGUCAUCUCCACGCCGACAGACAUCUUCAUGGUCAUGGAGUACGUCUCUGGAGGUGAACUGUUCGAGUAUAUCGUCAAGCAUGGCAAGCUGUCGGAAAAGGACGCAAGACGCUUCUUCCAACAAAUCAUCUCGGGCGUGCACUACUGCCACAAGCACAUGGUGGUGCACCGCGAUCUCAAGCCCGAAAAUCUGCUGCUCGACUCCAACCUGAACGUCAAGAUUGCCGACUUUGGCCUGUCCAACAUGAUGACGGAUGGUGACUUUUUGAAGACGAGCUGCGGCUCGCCCAACUAUGCCGCGCCCGAGGUUAUCUCUGGAAAUGUUCGCACGGUCUCACCACCUCGGUCUCCUCCUCGUCGCGGUAGAUUGUAUGCUGGCCCGGAGGUUGAUAUCUGGAGCUGCGGCGUCAUCUUGUACGCGUUGCUCUGUGGAAAGCUUCCGUUCGACGACGAGUUUAUUCCCAAUCUGUUCAAAAAGAUCAAGGGCGGCAUCUUUUCGCUACCAAGUCAUCUCUCCGAUCAGACGAAAGAUUUGCUAUCCCGUAUGCUCCAUGUCGAUCCACUCAAACGCGCCACGCUGGAGGAAAUCAUCUCCAACCCAUGGUUUGUUCAAAACUUGCCAGCGUACCUGUUUCCCGCUGCGGAUGCCAUCAACACUGAUAUUUUCGAGGAGGAUAUUGUGGAAGAAGUUUGUCAGAAAUUCAACGUCUCUCACCAGGACGUCAUUGCAGCACUCCGCGGUCUCGACCCGUUCGACUCACUCAAGGUCGCGUACCAAUUGAUCAAGGAUAACAAGAGCAUUUAUCAGCACGAAAUGUCCGCGCUUCGGGAAGCUCCCGCGGUCACGCACGCCCGCCCUCGCACGGCCUCCAUGACUGGCAAGUCGUCCAAGAAGAAGCGUUCUCGCUGGCAUCUCGGCAUCCGCAGCCGCUCAUCGUCCAUGGAUGUCAUGUCCGAGGUUUUCCGGGCGCUCAAAUCGCUUGGCUUUGAAUGGAAGGUCGUUACACCUUACUUGCUUCGAUGCCGAUGCUACAACUCUAGCACUGGCACCAUGCUCUACCAAGUGGAUGCGCAGCAAUUCUUGCUCGACUUUAAAAACCUCUCCGAGUCCGAAGACACCGGCGCCGCCUGCAGUCUCGAGUUUUUCGAGUGCUGUUCGCUGCUGAUUCGUGAGCUUGCCAUCACCGCGUAA